UCUAUACAUGACCGCCCAAGUUAAAAACUUCCGUUACAAACACGCCCCCUUCUCGGGCCAUUCUCCACCUCUUUAUUUCUUUUGCAUUCAUUAUUGUAGAUCGUCGUUGGACUAGAUCUAUCUGAUUAAACCCUCACUCCCAAUAUUCAAAGAGAUUAUUUCCACUAGUACACAAUGACUGAUGAUAAAACUGAAACUAAGGCUGCUGAGAAGAGGAAGAAGAAUGACACCAAAGACACAUCAGAGCAGUCUAGUGAACCUCAGGUGAAAAAAGGAAGAGGUAGACCAAAAGGCAGCAAAAACAAAUCCAAGCCAGCUAAAGCUAAGGUCACCAAGGCUCAGAAGUCUAAGGCAAAAAAAGCAGAGAGUGAGGAGGACAGAACUAAUGAAGAGGACUCCAAAUCAGCAGAAGAGCAAUCCUAAAUCAGAGCCGCCUUGUGUUGAAACAAUCUCCAUGAGAGAUGUGUUUAUGCUUGGGGUUUAAGCCUUUGUCUGUUUCUGUUGACCGAUGAAAUCACUAAGUGGUUGUACUGAUUGUUUGUGUGACCUACAUUCUGUGUUCGUCUCAUCUGUGAGAAAUCUUUUUUUUUUUCUGGUUAAAAUCUUCUUGUAGUCCAUAACUAUACACUCCUAUUUAACGUGUUAUCUCAAGAAAUCCAAAGCUUCUAAGAGGAAAGCCGAGUUACUUAUAGGAUUUUAAAAUCAGCCCCUCCCCUUUUACUAUUGAUGAACAACUCUGUACAAAGUAAAAAAAACUGAUAGAAGGUUUUAGUCCGAUUAAUCUUUUACUUAUUUAGAACGUGAAAUACAGGAUUAAAAGAUUUGUCAAGCUGCAUGCCAAGGGUUAAUUUAUUUUAAUAAGGAUGAAGAGUAAUUGUGAUAUUACAUAUUGCUGGAAAAUUGUAUACUUUUAGAAAUAUUAGCAACAGUUUGUUCAAUCUUAAACUAACAAUAAGUAUAUACAUGUAAAUUAUAUUAAUGGUUCUACAAAAAUUUAACAAACAACGGGUGUGUUUAAAAUUUUAUGAAAAAUUUGAAUAUUUAUAUGACGUUUUUUCCCCACUGUUUAAUUAAUUAGAUCUAAGUUCAUUGUUAAAACUAAAAUUCCUAGUCAUCCUGUCAGGUUUUUUUUUAUUAUACAUUAGUUAUUAUUUUAAACAUCAAUCAAAGCUUAAGACUGCAUCAUUUGAAUUAUUCUUUGAAUAAACUUCACAAGUAAUAAAUUUGUGUAGGAUCCUGCAAUACAUUUUUUUUUGUUUUCAAAGAAAUAAUAGGUAAGGAUGAAUCUCAGUGUUUUCCGAGUACACUAUUUUCAAAGGCAUUUAUUUUGUUUAAAUAUAUAUACUUUUUUUUAUAUAUAUUAAUUUUGUUUUUGGUAUUUAUGGACUUUACAUUCAUAAUACAGUACAGUAGCUUUUACAUUUGUCAUUGUUUGUCUAGGUUUUUAUAUUUCAAACUAGGUUUCUAUGUUGUUGUUUUUCAAACCCAGUCUUUUUACAACUGGUUGCUUUUAGCAGUGGUGAACUGGUGGCUAUUAAUAGACUAGGAUUACACAAUAUCUAUAAGAGAAUUACAAAAUUUUGUUCUAUUUUAGUGUCCAGAUUAUUUUAAUUAGUGUGGGUGAACAUUUAUGUUAUUGUGUCUUUAACUAUUGUAACCGAUCUAACAUUCACUUUAUUUUUCUUGUCUUUAUGUGUGUUUGUUGUUUUUUUUUAAUUUAAUUUUCAAAAAUCCUGUUUGUCAGCAGAGUGUAUAUUUGAAUUAAAGAAUUAUUGUGUCCUUUAA